AUGGCUUCUUCAAUAAAAUGUCUUCGAUCUCUCACCACUAGACCUAUAUCUCAUCUCCACAUCAAGCCUUCAGUUCCUAUAUCCACAGUCCGUCGACGUAAUGCAUCAUCCAAGCAUCCCGCUGGUUUCGAGCCACCAACCUCCUCUGAUUUGAUCGAGCUCCGCGAACGAGUCCAAGAAUUUACACGACGAGAAAUCCCUGAAACGCUCGCAGCUGAAACCGAUAAAUCAAAUGCAUUUCCCAAUUCCAUGUGGCAAAAAUUCGGCGAUGCAGGGUUCCUUGGUAUAACUGCUUCCGAAGAUGUGGGUGGACUGGCCAUGGGUUACCAAGCACAUUGUAUUGUGAUGGAAGAAAUAUCUCGUGCCUCGGGUAGUAUUGGAUUGAGUUAUGCUGCACAUUCACAAUUGUGUGUGAAUCAAUUACAAUUGAAUGGUAAUCAGGACCAGAAGAUGAAGUAUAUGCCGGGGCUGAUUGAUGGGAGUAAGAUUGGUGCAUUGGCUAUGAGCGAGAGUGGUGCAGGGAGUGACGUUGUCAGUAUGAGGACGACAGCGAAGAAAGUAGAUGGUGGCUAUGUGUUGGAUGGAACGAAGAUGUGGAUUACCAAUGGACCAGAUGCGGAUCUUAUUGUGGUUUAUGCAAAGACUGAGCCUGAAAAGGGCUCAAAGGGAAUUACCGCUUUCUUAGUCGAAAAAGGAUUCAAGGGAUUCAGUUGCGCGAGAAAAUUAGACAAGAUGGGUAUGAGAGGAAGUAAUACUGGGGAGUUAGUUUUCGAGGGGGUAUUUGUUCCAGAAGAAAAUAUCCUGGGCGAGGUCAAUAGAGGAGUCAAGGUACUGAUGGAAGGACUUGACAUUGAGAGAUUAGUGUUAAGUGCUGGGCCAUUAGGUAUUAUGCAAGCUGCCUUGGAUGUUGCACUUCCAUUCACACAUCAACGCAAACAAUUCGGCCAACCUAUCGCACAUAACCAGCUCGUUCAAGGAAAACUUGCAGAUAUGUAUACAAAGCUGCAAGCCUCAAGAGCUUAUACAUAUGAUACAGCAAGGACUGUUGAUGAAACCGGCAAUAUCAGAACACAAGACUGUGCUGGGGCUAUUAUGUAUGCUGCUGAGCGAGCCACAGAAGUCUCAUUAGAUUGUAUACAAUUGUUAGGUGGCAUGGGCUAUGUUGAGGAAAUGCCUGCUUCGAGAUUACUGCGUGAUGCAAAGCUCUAUGAAAUUGGUGCUGGAACUACCGAAGUCAGAAAAGUGGUAAUAGGAAGAGCUUUCAACAAAGAAUAUAGUGGUUUUAGUGCUUAA